AUGUGAUGAAGAGAUGGCUACCAAAGUUGUUUUGAUAACUGGUUCUUCCAGCGGAAUAGGACUGGCCACUGCUGUAUUGCUCGCUUACGAUACCGAAAAAAGGUUCAAAGUGUACGCAACAAUGAGAAAUCUUGCGAACAAGCAGCAACUCGAGACAGAAGGUAAAGAUUUCCUUGGAGACACCUUGAUCGUCAAGCAGCUGGAUGUUUGCGAAGACGAUUCGGUAAACAAGGCGGUCAAAGACGUAAUCGAGCAAGAAGGCAGAAUUGAUGUUCUGAGUGAGUAAGCAUGUAGACAAGAUGUCUCGUAUUUAUUAAAUGUGGAUGAAUGCUGUUCAAGUGGUUUCAAAAAGGAAUUCAAUACCAGUCACACUGUUUUUGUGCAGUCAUACAGCUUCUCUGUAGAUUUAUAAUGUUCGUUAUUAAAGUAAAUCAGCACUGCGAAACUUCAAUUCGAUCACGGCCAACUAUUUAGAUAAACAUAAUAACAAUAACAAGGGAAAUUCUUAGAGACUAUUUGGCAAAUUAUAGUCCACUUGGGCCUGACGUGAAUGAUAAGUGCUGUCAAACAAAUUUGUAUGGAAAUUUCGCUAUUUUAUUUAACCUCUUGAGAGCAAGUGACUACAUGUCGUUGCGUUACGCGAGCGUUUGCAACUAAUAAUGUGAUGGACUGUGAUGUGUUGAUAUAAUUAUAUUAUUGAACUGGAUUGUACCUCAACAUUGCCAUUCAUCACACCUAAAACAUUUGUCUCAUGCCUUCCUCCAUCCACGUUGGGAAAGGAAUUACAAAAUGCUUACCAUGAUACCAUGGUGCUGAAAAUAACAACCCGGCUCAACUAAUGCGGACCCUAGUGAGUACCUAACUUGCCUGAGGGAGGUUGUCUUCACAUUUUUUUGCCACCGUUAAACCACAUCAUGUGUAUGUGGUUGCAUGUACAGUCAGCUGUAAAAGAAAAGUUGAAGUCGUUUAGACGCAUUUAUCGUCUGAGACGUUAAAGUUGUCCGGUGUAAAAACGAGACGCAUAAACAAAGAUGACAACAUUGAAGACAAAACCGCAGAACGGUGACACUUUCCAGUCGUUUCUGGACGAGCUGGACAUUUAAAAGGCGUCCCAGUUUAGGGCGUCCCCUUUUUGAACAAGACUUUAGUCUUAAGACGGCGUUAACGUCUCUAAAAUAAAAUCGGCCAAUGGCGUCUUUUGCAGCGUGACAGUUCAUGUUUGACACUCAACAGUUAACGAUUCCCAAAUGUCGAAUGUGGAGCCUUAUUUACAAGGCGUAUUGGUUGAAUUAUAAUGAAUAAUAAUAAUAAUAAUAAUAAUAAUAAUAAUAAAUUAUAAAUGUCUUUAUUGCUCAUUAGAUAAAAAUACAUGUUACAGGAUAAAAAGAUUAAAAGUUCAGCUAAAUUACAAUAGAAUAAAAAGAUUAAAAAAUGCGAAAAACUAGUUACACAUGUCUGACAUAAAAUAUCAUAAAAGAUUGUAUUUAAAAAUUAACCUAUUUACAAAUGUGUUCUUAUAACGUUCGGUGUUUAUCUUGGGCCUUUGGAAGCUUUUACGUCUAAGAUUAUAGGUUAGAAUUAUGGGUAUUAUUAAGUUAGCCAAACGUAAAGGCAGAGCUCCCAUACGAAAUGAUGUACGAUUUUUAAAACAAAGUUAUCAAUUCUUUAUUCGUAAAAGAACUGGAAGACAGAGUCGUGCAAAUUUCAAAACAAAUAUUAAAUUAUUUUUUUCUUAGAAUGGUUAUGAACUCGAAAACACUUUAGUCUCAUAUAUGCUUCGAAAAAAUUGCUUUGUGUCAAAAUACAUUUUAAAAAAUACAUAGAACAGUCAGCCAAGCAUAAAUUUUUCUUGUGAUCUCAGCAAAGACCUCAGUUCACAUUUCAGUAAUGAUUAUCUGUGAUAAUAUUUUUCUAACAUUUUUCUUUGUCAGUUAACAAUGCCGGUAUGUCUCUCUUCACUGUGUUCGAAUCCAUUCCAAUGGAGUUGAUGAAGAAAUGUUUCGAGGUGAAUUACUUUGGAACUGUACGCUGCACUAAAGCUGUGAUUCCAUACAUGAAAGCAAAAGAGAGUGGUCAUAUAAUCAACAUCAGCAGCCAUGCUGGAGUAGUUGGAUUUCCUACUGCUGAAAUUUACAGCUCAACAAAGUUUGCCGUGGAAGGGCUGACUGAAUCAAUGGCACCAACUCUUCGCCAGUUUAACAUCAGGUACUUUGUUGCUAAUUGUUAUUAUUACUUCUUUAAAGAAAUUUAUUGAUAAUCUCAUACAAAAAAGCAUUCAGAGCAGCAUUCAGAGCAGCAUUCAGAGCAUAAACUACGUCGCCAUAAACAAAGAUUUGGAAAAUUACCACGGCGUGACCACAGCUAUAUUCGACAAAGAGUAAAAUUUGUUAUAAUCAUGGUUACAAUGACAUUGCAGUUGUCAUAGCAGCGAAAUGACGCCAUUACCUAUUUUACUUGCAGCCAUGUUUCUCGGCACGGGGAACUUUUCUUCCAAAAUUUUUCACGGGAACUUUUUCCCCCAAUAACCGCCUCGAUGUUCGUGAAGUUUAAGCGAAAUCUGUGUUGGGAGUUAUCGAGAUAUUUUUGGGAUGUGAGUUUUUAUGGUUUUAAGAACAGGACAAUCUUGAUGUUCGGCCGUUAUCUGUAGAAAACUAAGCGCUUUUGAAAUGCAAGUUCACCUUAUAGUAGUUUCAGUCUUUUUUAAAACGUAUGUGAAAGAUCAUGGAGGUAGCUCUAGCCGAAUGUUAGAAAGAAGGAUUUCAUUAGUACUUAUCGAGGGCUCCUGUUUUCGGUUUUGUAAACAUUUAAACAAAUAAGCGAAUAAUUUUUGAACCGCCUAAUCCAUUUUUUUAAGAAUUUGAAAUUCUCGAGAUCAGCCGUGGUUUCAUAUCAUCUUUGAUUCCAUAAUUCGCUAUUAUUUUUUUUUUGUCAGAAAUUUCGUGUUUACUAGUUAGAGCCUCUCAUUAUUCAGAGGUAUUGUCUCCAAGUUUCAUAUUAUCGUGGACAAAAAUAGCUAACAUUUCUGCCUAUUUCAAAUGUAUUGUUAGUUACUGUUGUUCCCGUGAAAAUAAAACUUGGAAACAAUACCCUGAAAAAUAAGAGCACUCACUUGCAGAUUGACUAAUUCAUAGAUUCUUGUUUCUUAGGUGCACGAUCAUUGAACCAGGUCCUGUUGAUACUCCAAUGAAAGAUAGCAAUAAUUUUAUUGAGGGUGUGGACCUGUCAUCCGCUGACCCAAAGACCGUGCUUAUACGGGACAGAGUGAUUAGCCGCUGGGGUACUUUCUGGGCUCAGCCGGAUAAGGUCUUGACUGCACCGCAAGUAGCAGAGGCUAUAAAAGAAGCGAUUCUGAGCGAAAAUCCAAACUUUCGCUACCAAACCAAUAAGCGUUACUGCCCCGAUGAAAUUGAGGCGAAACUGGCUGACAUAACUGGGAAUAAGCCCGUUGAUAUUAUCACUAAACGGUUUUGCGCCGAGUAA